AUGGAGAGUAUGGGCAAAGGCACUGAUAGUUAUGGUGUUACUACUGGUUUUGGUGCUACUUCUCAUCGUAGAACUAAAAACGGUGUCGCACUUCAGAAGGAGCUUAUAAGAUUCCUUAACGCCGGAAUAUUCGGCAGCACGAAAGAAACAUGUCACACACUGCCACACACCGCCACAAGAGCCGCCAUGCUCGUACGUAUCAACACUCUCCUCCAAGGCUACUCCGGCAUCCGUUUCGAGAUCCUCGAGGCCAUAACCAGUUUCCUCAACACCAACAUCACCCCUUCUCUCCCUCUCCGCGGCACCAUCACCGCCUCCGGAGACCUCGUCCCCCUCUCCUACAUCGCCGGUCUCCUCACCGGUCGCCCCAACUCCAAAGCCACCGGUCCCAACGGCGAAGCCUUGAACGCCGAAGAAGCCUUCAAGAAGGCAGGAAUCCCCUCAGGAUUCUUUGACUUGCAGCCCAAGGAAGGUCUAGCCCUAGUCAACGGCACAGCCGUUGGCUCCGGAAUGGCCUCGAUG